AUGGCGGACGCCAAGACCACCACGGCGGUCACCCUCCGCACCCGCAAGUUCAUGACCAACCGCCUGCUCGCCCGCAAGCAGUUCGUGCUCGAGGUCAUCCACCCCGGCCGCGCCAACGUCUCCAAGGCGGAGCUCAAGGAGAGGCUCGCCAAGGUGUACGAGGUCAAGGACCCCAACUGCAUCUUCGUGUUCAAGUUCCGCACCCACUUCGGAGGCGGCAAGUCCUCCGGGUUUGGUCUCAUCUACGACAACCUCGAGUCCGCCAAGAAGUUCGAGCCCAAGUACCGCCUCAUCAGGAACGGUCUUGCUACAAAGGUGGAGAAGUCACGAAAGCAGAUCAAGGAAAGGAAAAACAGGACCAAGAAGAUCCGUGGUGUGAAGAAGACCAAGGCCGGAGAUGCGAAGAAGAAGUAA